CGGCCACCCAAGUAACCCGUACAAUGUUAGGCGCGAGUGCAUAUAAAUAUUUAUUCAACGAAUGGCCACAUCUUUGGAUUUUGCUGGAUUUUAUAUCACCACGAAAGUUUCGUACGAACAUAAAGUUGCCAUGACUGAGGUGCAUGCGUUCCAGCACAAAGUGAAAGAGUUUUCAUCUUUUUCUGCUAAAUCCAGACAGGAAUAUUUUAAAAAAUGGGGAAUGUUGCAAAUGAGUGUACAAAUGUACUCCUACAAUCUGUACUUUGAUAUCAAUGAAAAAGAUCGAUUUGUUGAGGCAUUUUUCAAAGAUGGAAAUGUUCAACAAACAUUAAAAACCUUUGUGAAACAAAGAUCUGUUCUGUUUGGAAACAUGCAAUUCAAAGAUAUUUUUGUUGAGAUUUUGCCGACAAACGUUACAAGCAUGAAUUUCUUUGAUGUUAUUUAUAAUAAAAAGCUUGUUUAUGAGAGUGGAUCAAUUAAAAAAUGUUUCGAUGAAAUGAUUGACGAUAUUCUUGUAUCAGAUGAAUUAAGGAAAAUGAUUCUCACUGAUGACUCUGAAUAUUAUGGUAUAUUUCAACAAAAAGAUCGCAAGGAAUUUAUUUUUCAAGUUUUCCAACAUUUAGUGAUCGGUGGAUACUGUUGUCAGUAUGAAGAUAAUAUUAAUCCUUAUAUUGAAACAACAAAAUACAUAUACAAAGAUUUACUCCAUGUAAAUAAAGAUGUUAACACAAAGAAUUUAGUAAUAGGUUCCAUUGUUUUAAAAGUAAAACUACUUCGUGACGAAAGAAAUCAAGUGUUUCCUGGAACCUCAAAUCACAUGCAAAAUUUUUGUUACCUGAUUAUCAAUCCAGAAAAAAGAAAUGUCAUUGUUUGGCACCACAUGUGGGAUGUUUGAAUAAUAUUAAAUAUUUCUUAUCAGAUAUGUUAGAUGAGACAACCUGAGUCAGCAUUUUGUUAUGUCUUAUAUAUAGUUGAUUUAUUUCUCUUUAGGUUUAUCAAAAAGUUUUUUCAUUGAUCAGUCAUAAUAGGGUUUGUUAUUAUCUCUGUGUUGUUGGAUCAGUGACCUUUAGUACUAUUUUGUAGUAGUCGCCAAUCCAUGCCACAUGUAACAUAAGUUCUUGCAAAUUUUAUUUGUAAUCUUUUGAUAACACGUUUUUGUUGUAUUUACAUCUUAUUUUACAAAAUAUAUAUAAAAAACUUCGUUUAAUAAUUAAUGAGGAGUAAAAAGUGAUACGCUUUGCAGCAGAUGAUGUUGGAAUUUUCAACUACUUUUAUAAUAAAGAAGUUUUUUGUUCUCCAUUCUGUUCCUGUAAGCAACAUAUGAAGUUUUUUUCUAUUGUGUCCCUUGUUAUGUUUUUCGUUUUACCUAAAUUAUAUUCUUUUUUUAAAUUCAGCGUUUUUUUUUCAAGAAAUAUGUAUCAUAUCUUUCUAGCCUUCUUUUGUUAUUAGAUGAAUUAGGUGUAUAUAUAUGUGCAAAAUAAAUUAUUCUGGUUUUACUUCUGUUAGUUGUUGAUUGAAAAGAUUAUUACUUAUUUUUGGCUUUAUUUCUGGUUUUAUAAUGUAAUUUUUCAUAACUUGGGGUAGUGUGUGUUGCUCACUUUAAUUGUCACCUCCUCUUUAUUUACACUUUUUAAUUAUUUUUUUGCCUAAAAAUGACUAAAAAAAUUUUUUUUAACCGACUGACUUUACUUUUUUUGGUAACUCUGGUUAUAGCAAACAAAUAAUUACUUAAUGACAGCCAAUCUCAAUCAAACCGUACACUAAGGUAUCUAAAACAAAACAAAUUUGGAAUGUUUUAUUUUUUUUUGAGAGAACUCUCAUUCUCAACUAUAUUUUUUAAAUGGAAAGAUUUAUUCUUAAAAAUAUGUAAAACAAUUUUAGUAGGGUUUGUUUGUGGAUUCCUUACCAAAACUUAUGCAACGUAAACAGUUUUUCAUUAAUUAAGUUGCUAACCAAAUUACUUUAGCUGGAAUGUGUAACAAUGGAUUUGCCACUUAAUGUGUUUUUAAUUUCUGUAUACUGUUUUGUGGCAAUUUUACUUGUAAUUACAAACUCUUGUAAUGUUACAUCACUUAAGUAUCAUUAGCCAUGUAAUUAUUUUUAGGAACACAAAACAAUGCUGUUAAAAACUUA